UAUGACUGGAGUUAUGAAUUGUUUAUAUUUCAAUUUGACUUGACUAUUGUAUGGUCGGAUCGGAUUGUAGUCUGUAUAUGUACCGCCUUCCUAAUAACGGUAAAUAUUUGACUGGAAUCUGCCCCAUAGAUUAUGAAUGUUUAUAUUCUUAUUUCCCCUCGACUAUGAUUGGAUUGGAUCGCAAUCUGUACAUGUGCCUACUAAUAACUUUAUUUUUUCAACUUUGUCAGAUUUUUCAGGAUUUAUUUUAUUUUUUUUCAUGUACAGAUGAACUUAUAUGGCUGAUUAUUAAAUUGGUUGGACAGAAAUUUAGACAUUGUAGACACUGUUCUGUAGUUGUGUUCAUUUUAUAAAUCUAGGACUGAGAAAUUAAAUGAUUGCAUUGUUCUCUAUCAUAAAUUCCAAGAGACGUAAUUUCUAAUUUCAAAAACUUGAACUAGAAGUAAUUAGUAAUGCAACAAUAGAUAAUUUAUUUAACAAAAUACAAGUGUAUUGAACGCUUAAAAAGGUUGAAUCUUAAAUUUGAAGCAAAGUAGUCUGUGUUUAUUUUUUCCAUACUAGUAUUGAAAAAUUCCGUUCUCAGACUCAAAUGUCCAACGAUUGAUAUCUACGGUUGGACUUUGAAGACGGGAUGGAGUAAAAACGAACAUCAUCUGGAACUGUGGGUAUAAAAUCUCAAAUAAAAUGUCGGACAUAGAUACAAAUAUUGGAGGUCAAAAUGAUGAACUAGAAGAUGGCGAGGUAUCGGAGAACCCUCAAGAUAUUGAUUUUGAGUGUUUAGAACCACCUGCUAAAAUGGCAAGAUAUGGCACCAAUCAGCCGUCGACUAGUGAUUUUGACGAUUCCUGCAAAUUCAACCCCUCGAGUCAACCAAAUUUGCACGAGUUUGAAAUUAUCGAUGAAAUUGAAAAUGAGGAGAUGAAUGAGAAUGAGGAUAGCGAUGAUGAAUAUUUGGAUGAUAAUGAACUUUAUGAUUUACUGGAUCAAGGUCUUGAUGGAAGACUGGCGUCCUCCGACCCAGAUAAAGACAAAGAUGACACCCUGGAAGAAAAAGAGAAAAUUGUUUUACAGGAGAAAGGUCACAACCCGUUUGAUAUUCUACCAGAAGGUUGGGUUGUCGUCACUCAUAACAGUGGUAUGCCUGUAUAUCUUCAUAAGGAAACAAGAGUUUGUACAAUGUCAAGGCCAUAUUUCCUCGGACCAGGCAGUGUACGACGCCAUGACAUUCCAGUCAGCGCCAUUCCUUGUUUACAGUACAGAAGAGCUAUGGAGAAAGAGGCGGAAGACAAGACGGGAAACAUCAAUAAAGACGACAUGGAGAGUGACAACAUGACAGAAACUGUCGCCACGGAUACAGCUGAUGGUACUAUGGAGACACAAGAGAGAACAAAUGGUGUUAGUGAAGAAAGUUCAGUGACUAAUGACAAUUUUGCUUCCAUAAAAAUUAAAUCAGAAACAGAUACAGAAGUUGAUAUAAAUGGGUCAGAUGAUCCGACAUCUUGUACAACAGCUGACGGAGAAAAUAGUAGUACAAAAGACGGUGAUAAUACGACUGCCAGUGGCUCUAAGAUUUUACCUGAUUCUAAAGUUAGAAUAGAAACAUUGUCUGAACGGAAACAAGAUACAUCAUUAGAUUCACUUGAGGUUCGAGAGUAUUGUGGAAAGUUGUUUGAAUUUAAAAGUAUUACCGUUAAAAAAUGGAAAACAUGGAAAGAUCGUAGAAUCCAUAUGAAGAAACAAUUCCGCCCUGAAUUGCCGUCCAAUACGAAGCUGUUAAUUACAUGUCCAGUCCCUCCGACAUCUAAAACAGGAAUGAUGAAAUCCAAUAAAUUAAAAGAGUUUGUGUUAAAUCCAUCUGGUAAAUCGUACAUCUGUAUUUUACAUGAAUAUAUUCAACAUACGAUGAGAGUCCAACCUAGAUAUAAAUACAAGGAACUCGAGAAUUCUAUGACUCCGUUCAGUGCUACCGUUAUAAUAGAAGAAAUAGAAUAUGGCACAGGAUACGCCUCCAGUAAAAAAGCUGCCAAAUUACAAGCUGCGAAGGCUACGUUAGAAAUUUUAAUACCUGAUAUGAAUAAAGUAACACAGGAUCAUAAUAUAGAUACCGAAGAUCUGUCUUUUUUUGAUGAAGUUAAAAUCGAGGAUCCAAGAGUUUAUGAAUUAGGUAAUAAAGCUGGACAACCAAGUCCUUAUCAGAUUCUUGAUGAAUGUUUAAAAAGGAAUUAUGGUCUGGGUGAUACAAAAUGUACGAUGAACAUGAAGUUAUUAAAACAUCAGAAGAGUGAAUUUACUUUAACAGUAGGAAAACAUACAGCAUCAGUUAUAGCUAAAAAUAAACGGGAUGGUAAACAAAGAGCAGCACAAGCUAUUUUACAGUUAUUACAUCCACAUGUCUCGUGUUGGGGUUCAUUAUUAAGAUUAUAUGGUAAAAGUUCUGUUAAAGGUCUAAGUGAAAAGAAAGAAGAGUUACCUAUAAAUCAGCUACAGAAUCAACCAAAUGCUGCCAAACCAUGUUUAAAUAUUCUACACAGGUUAAAAAAAGAGAUGAUGAAAUUGCAUGCCGAGAAGGGUUCAAUCAAAUCAAAAGGAAAACUUCAUAUAGAGACGCAGCAUUUCCCUAAAAAAGUCCCAAACCUGGAUUUAUAAUAUUAAUAAUCAUAAUGAAUACCUCAUGAUGAACCAAUCAUAUACCAGCCUUUUAGUCACAUGACCAUCUCCAUCCAAUCAAAUCAUAAUAUUAUCAAAUGUGUUUAAAACAUCCCUUCUAUGCAAAUGAAAUGUGAAUUAUUUAAUUAAGCAUUAUUGUGAAAUGGAUAUUGUAUGUAUAUAUAUAUAUAUGUGUGUUUCAUUUUGCUUCUAUUUAUAAGAAUGUGUUCAGACUGGAGGGAAAACAAACAUUAUUCGCAGUCAUCUUAUUAAAUUAAUUACAGAACAAAGUCUGGCUCAUUUUAUCUUUCAAGCUUAAAGAUAUGGGUGGGGUGGGGGGGUGAUUGU